UCACAAGAGAAUAUUGCGGGCAAUCUGUUGAAUUCAUCAGAUAUUAUUUUAAGUUAUGUUUUGUAAUUAUACUUUUAACACUUUUAAUGCUGAUCAGCAGCCUUGUAAUUCCUAUCUUUAUGUUUAACGUUUUGAAAUGUAAUUUAUUCGAUAAUCAACAAAUAUUUCAAUGAUAUUUAAAAUUUAGGUUGUUAUGACGUAAUGUUAUGACGUAAUGUUAUGACGUAAUCCCCACAACUUCCCAGCAACCUCUCAGAUCAGACAACAGACACUGAAACACUUCUCAUCUACUUCCAACAGAAACAGAUCAACAGAAAGAGAACCACUCUAAAAUUGAGCAGUAAUCAACAGUGGUAAACUUGGUGUGAUGGCAAACCGGAGGAGAGAUGAGGAUACUCAAGAGGAGUUCUGGAGUCAGAGAAGAGAGAAGAGGAUCAGAAUAGCAGAAACUGGAGUACCAAGCAUGUGGGACUCUUCACCAUCAGAAUCAGACGAGGAUAUUAAGAGUCAGAUAAGGAAAGAUAAAAUGAAGGACAAGGCAGAGAAGAAAAAGAAGUCAAAACACAAGAAGAAAAAGAAGAAAUCUCCAAAGAAAGCUAAAAAGUCCCAGUCAGAAAGCAGCGAAGAUGAAGGAAAAGGAGGAAGAGACCUGGGAGCUCAAGAAGAGGACAUGUUUGGACCACCAAUACCAGUAGCAAAACAGGAAGAGCAUAUGGACUUUGGAUCACAACUUCUCCGUGGAGAAGGAGCCGCUAUGGCAGAGUAUGUUAAAGCAGGAAAACGUAUCCCCCGUAGAGGAGAGAUUGGCUUAACAAGUGGUGAGAUUGAAGACUAUGAGAAGAGCGGCUUUGUUAUGAGUGGAAGUAGGCACAGGAGAAUGGAAGCUGUUCGGCUCAGAAAGGAGAAUCAAGUUUAUAGUGCUGAUGAGCGCCGCGCACUGGCGCUUCUCAGUAAAGAGGAGAGAGUCAAGAAGGAGACUGAAAUGUUGUCUAAAUUCAGAUCGAUGGUCUCUAGUAAAAAGUGAGCAUGUGAUAUUGUUUCCAUUCUUCAAAACCAUGUAAUAUACCAUCUAUGUUAUAAUAACAACAUCGUGAGGCAUUGAUAACAAUAAGUACUGAACUCUGAAACUAAACGAGAAUUGAUACAAAACGUGUUUCAGAGAUAUUUCUUUAUAUGAUAUCUUUCUUUAAUAUGAAAACCAAAUAUUUGAAUCCCGUCCUGUCCAAUGUUCAUUUAUAACAGUGUAUUUUAUGAAAAGGAUAAUAAAAA